AAUUCCUAACUUCAUUGCGCCCAGCCGGUUGCGAGUAUAAAGACAUCCAAUACUUAACAAAAGUAUGAUGUACAACAAACACAACUGAGGUUAAGCCCAAGUCUAGGUUUUAGUACCGGAGUGUCUAAAAGGCCUCAAUGUUAUAUUUGAAUUCUUACACAUUUGCUAUAACUAUCAUCAAAUCUAUUAGUCCCCAUGGCUCAUAUUGUCGAAAGCAAGCCUGAGCAAAUUUCCCCAAGCACCGAUAUUCUCCCUCGUCUAGUAUGUCUCACAAGCAAGAAAGUCCAGAAGGCUCUCGUACUCUUCUGGCUAUUCACUGUGGACGACGCUGGUACCUUUGUUGUCCCUAACGUGGUGUUUGGUCUCUGCAGCGCUCUGUCGGCUCCAGUACUAUCCACACCUCAAAAUGACGCCGCAAGCAUACUAAUGCAACUCCCCCUGGUUAUAUUUUUCAACUGGUCCAACCUUCUCAUAUUUGACCUAGCAAACCAGCGGCUCCCGGAGUCAGCUCGAGAGGAUGCGUUAAACAAACCCUGGAGGCCAGUUCCUGGAGGGUUGGUUACACCAGUCCAGAUUAGACGAGCUAUGCUUGUUUGGAUUCCGGUAGUUCUUAUCACGAAUCAUAUCUUUGGAGUCGGGACCGAAACAUCUUUACUAUAUGUGCUUACGUGGCUAUACAACGACCUCAUGGGCGGUGAUGAGAACUGGAUCUGUCGAAACAUCAUUAUUGCAGCUGCGUUCUGGCUGUAUAACACCGGAUCUGCCAAGUUAGCCGUCGGUGGCCAUUCGGCACAUAUUACUGAAAAGGGGGAGGUGUGGACGAUCGUUGUAAGUGGGGUUAUCUUAACGACUAUGCAUGUUCAAGACCUUAAAGAUCAAGAGCGGGACCGUGCACGCGGUCGUCGAUUGGCACCAUAUGUGCUUGGAGAUAGAGUUGCUCGGUGGACGAUAUCUAUCCCGGUUUUCUUUUGGUCGUAUUAUUGCACAUGGUUUUGGGGAGUAGGAAUGGCGGGCAUUGGUAGCGUUGUGCUUGGUAUGACUGUGGCUGUGCGCUGUCUGGUUUGCUCAGGGAAACAUGCUGAUAGAAGGACCUGGGAACUCUGGGCUCUAUGGACUGCAACCCUCUAUAUGUUGCCUCCUUUAUGCCGAUUCAUACAAGCCUAGAAGUCAGAUACAACCCAAUGGUGGUAUUGUAGGGCACACCCACCUUGCCGAACUAUGAAUUAUUCGUUUUUGAUAACUAUUGUUAGAUGUCUACCUAUAUAACAACUAUCGAAUGUUAGACGUGUAAAUGGAAC